UGGAGCGGGUAGGAAGCUCCGAUCACCCCCAGCCCAGCCUGGCCUGCCUAUGCCAGGCUCCGGGCAGCGCCCCGUGCCAUGCAGUUUCCACUCCAAGCUUUGCGCGCUCGCCCAGAUGGCUCCUAGCGCCCGGGUAGCCACGGCCCGUGCGCCCUGGUGCCCGGCCUGGCCUCCCCAAGUCCUGCUGCUGUUGCUCCUGCUGCUGCUGCUGGCUUGGGCACAGGCCUGCCUGGCACUGGAGAUCCAGAAGCGCUUCGUGUCCCCCACGCCCACCAACAACUUCGCCCUGGACGGCGCAGCGGGCACCGUGUACCUGGCAGCUGUGAACCGCCUGUACCAACUCUCUGGUGCCAACCUGAGUUUGGAAGCAGAAGCGAUGGUGGGCCCAGUGCCGGACAGUCCACUGUGCCACGCCCCACAGCUGCCCCAAGCCUCCUGCGAGCAUCCACGACGCCUCACCGACAACUACAACAAGAUUUUGCAACUGGACCCGGACCAAAGGUUGGUGGUGGUAUGCGGUUCCAUCUACCAGGGCCUGUGCCAGCUGAGACGCCUUGGCAACAUCUCCUCGGUGGCUGUGCGCUUUCCACCCGCCUCACCAGCCUUGGAACCGGUGUCUGUGUUCCCCAGCAUGUUGAAUGUGGCUGCCAACCACCCCAAUGCGUCCACCGUGGGGUUGGUGCUGCCCCCAAGCCCUGGCACCGGAGGAGGAGCCGGAGUGGGCAGCAGGCUGUUGGUGGGCGCCACAUACACGGGCUAUGGCAGUGCCUUCUUCCCGCGCAACAGGAGCCUGGAAGAUCACCGUUUUGAAAACACCCCUGAGAUUGCCAUCAGGUCCCUGGAUGCAAGUGGGGACCUGGCCAAGCUCUUCACCUUCGAUCUCAACCCAUCCGACGAUAAUAUCCUAAAGAUCAAGCAGGGUGCCAAGGGGCAGCACAAGCUGGGCUUUGUGCGCGCCUUUCUGCACCCCCAGCAUGUGCCAACUGACACCGGGGCACCCUAUGCCUACCUGGCACUCACCAGCGAGGCACGAGCUGGGGACAAGGACAGCCAGGCCCGGAGCCUCCUGGCACGCAUCUGCCUGCCCCGGGGUGGCACGGGCGGCGAUGCCAAGAAGCUCACCGAAUCUUACAUCCAGUUGGGUUUGCAAUGCUCUGGAGGCGCGGGCCGUGGGGACCUCUACAGCCGCCUGGUGUCUGUCUUUCCCACGCGCGAUUUGCUCUUUGGGGUCUUUGAGCGACCCCCAGGAGGGUCCCCAUCUUCUUCCCGAGCUGUCCCCGCCGCGCUCUGCGCCUACCGCUUUGCAGAUGUACAAACCGUUAUCCGAGCCGCGCGCACCGCCUGCUUCGUGGAACCCACGCCCGACGUGGUGGCAGUGCUGGACAGCGUGGUGCAGGGCACCGGACCGGCCUGUGAACGCAAACGCAACAUCCAGCUGCAGCCAGAGCAGCUGGAGUGCGGGGCGGCCCACCUGCAGCACCCUCUCUCCGUCCUGCAGCCUCUGAAGGCUACACCCGUGUUCCGAGCCCCGGGACUCUCCUCUGUGGCCGUGGCCAGCGUGGGCAGCUACACGGUGGUUUUCCUAGGCACAGUCAAUGGACACCUGCUCAAGAUAAACCUGAACGAGAGCAUGCAAGUGGUGAGCAGGCGAGUGCUGACCGUGGCCUAUGGCGAGCCUGUGCAUCAUGUCAUGCAAUUUGACCCCACGGAUUCCAGUUACCUCUACUUGAUGACCUCCCACCAGAUGACCAGAGUGAGCGUGGCCGCCUGUGCCCUGCAUGCUACCUGCACAGACUGCGUGGGAGCCGCCGAUGCCUACUGUGGCUGGUGCGCCCUGGAGACACGGUGCACACUGCAGAGGGACUGCGCCAAUGCCAGCCUGCCACACUUCUGGACCAGUGCCAGCGAAGGCCCAGGCCGCUGUCCCACCAUGACAGUGCUGCCAGCAGAGAUAGAUGUGCGCCAGGAGUAUUCGGGCAUGAUCCUACAGCUGUCCGGGAGCCUGCCUGACCUCAGUGGUGUGGAGAUGGCCUGCGACUAUGGGAAUGGCAUCCGAACGGUGGCCCGAGUGCCUGUCCCUGCCUUUGGCCACCAGCUAGCCUACUGUGACCUCUUACCCCGAGCCCACUUUCCACCCUUCCUGCCCCACCAGGACCACGUGACUGUGGAGAUGGCCGUGAGGGUCAGUGGGCACAGCAUCGUGAAAGCCAACUUCAGCAUCUACGACUGCAGCCGCAUCGGGCAGGUGUACCCGCACACAGCCUGCAGCAGCUGCCUGUCCGCGCAGUGGCCUUGUUUCUGGUGCACUCAGCAGCAUGUUUGCGUCUCCAACCAAUCCCUGUGUGAGACAUCCCCAAACCCCAUGAACUCUCAGGACUGUCCCCAGAGCCUGCCCACCCCACUGGCCCCUGUGCCCACAGGUGGUUCUCAGAGCAUCCAGGUGCCUGUAGCCAACGCCGCCUUCUUCCAGGACACACCCUUAGACUGUAGCUUUGGGCUCCAGGAGAUCUUCGAGGCCGUGUGGGUGAAUCAGACAGCCGUGCGCUGUGACCAAGUGGUGCUACAUACCAACCAGAAGAGCCAGGUGUUUCCACUCCGUCUCCAGCUGAAGGGGCAGCCUCCCCGCUUCCUGGACAGCCCUGACCCCAUGACAGUGGAGGUCUACAACUGUGCCAUGGGCAGUCCCGACUGCUCCCAGUGUCUGGGCCGCGAGGAUCUGGGUCACCUGUGCAUGUGGAAUGACGGCUGCCGCCUUCGGGGGUCUUUUCAGCAGCCCCUGCCCACCAUCUGCCCUGCCCCUGAGAUCCGCACGAUCGAGCCCCUGAGUGGCCCCCUAGACGGUGGCACACUGUUGACCAUCCGCGGCAAGAACCUGGGCCGGCGGCUCAGUGACGUGGUCCACGGUGUGUGGAUAGGCAGCGUGGCCUGUGAGCCACUGGCCAAUAGAUACACCGUGUCAGAACAGAUCGUCUGUGCUACUGGGCCAACCUCAGGAGCAUUCUCGGACGUGGUGGUGGUGAACGCGUCCAAAGAGGGCAGGUCUCGACAGCGCUUCUCCUACGUGCUGCCCCUCGUCCACUACCUGGAGCCUACCAUGGGCCCCAAGGCUGGAGGCACCCAGAUCACCAUCCACGGAAGUCACCUCCAAGUGGGCUCUGAGCUCCAGGUCCUACUGAAUGACACGGAGCCCUGCACGGAGCUGGUGCGCUCAGACAGCAGCAUCACUUGCACAGUGCCUGGGGGUGCCCUGCCUGCCCUAGUGCCUGUCUGUGUGCGCUUCGAACAGCGGGGCUGUGUGCAUGGCAACCUCACCUUCUUGUACGUGCGAGACCCCGUCAUCACAGCCAUCAGCCCCCACCGAAGCCAUGUGAGCGGUGGCAGGACCAUCACGGUGGCCGGGGAGCGCUUUCACAUGGUGCAGAAUGUGUCCAUGGCUGUGCACCUCAUUGGCCGGGAGCCUACGCUCUGUAAAGUCCUCAACUCCACCCUCCUCACCUGCCCAUCCCCUGGGGCCCUGAGCAAUGACUCGGCACCCGUGGACUUCUUCAUCAACGGACUGGCUUAUGUCGAUGAGAUGGGGACAGCUGAGGAGCAGCUGGACCCCGAGAACAUGCAACGGAGCAGCCGGUUCCGCCUGGACUACCUCCCCGACCCGCAGUUCUCCACAGCCAAGAGGGAGAGGUGGAUUAAGCACCACCCCGGAGAACCCCUCACCCUCGUCAUCCACAAGGAGCAGGACAGUCUGGGGCUUGAGAGCCAUGAAUACCGGAUCAAGAUUGGGCAGGUGGCCUGUGAUAUCCAGAUCGUCUCCGACAAGGUCAUCCACUGCUCCGUCAAUGAAUCUCUGGGCACUGCGGAAGGGCAGCUGCCCAUCACGGUCCAGGUGGGGAAUUUCAACCAGACUAUCGCCAUCCUGCAGCUGGGCGGGAGCGAGACUGCCAUUGUGGUCUCCAUUGUCAUCUGUAGCAUCCUGUUGCUGCUGUCCGUAGUCGCUCUGUUCGUCUUUUGCACCAAGAGCCGCCGCGCUGAGCGUUACUGGCAGAAGACACUAGUGCAGAUGGAAGAGAUGGAGUCCCAGAUUCGAGAAGAGAUCCGGAAAGGUUUUGCUGAACUGCAGACAGACAUGACUGACCUGACCAAGGAGUUGAACCGAAGCCAGGGCAUCCCCUUCCUGGAGUACAAGCACUUUGUGACACGCACCUUCUUCCCCAAGUGCUCCUCCCUCAAUGAAGAGCGCUACAUCCUGCCUUCCCAGACCCUCAACUCUCAGGGUGGCUCUCCAGUGCAGGAGACACACCCGCUGCUGGGAGAGUGGAGGAUCCCCGAGAGCUCCCGACCCCACAUGGAGGAGGGGAUCAGCCUCUUUUCAUCUCUGCUCAACAACAAGCAUUUCCUCAUCGUCUUCGUCCACGCCCUGGAGCAGCAGAAGGACUUUGCUGUCCGUGACAGGUGCAGUCUGGCCUCGUUGCUCACCAUCGCAUUGCAUGGCAAACUGGAGUACUAUACAGUCAUAAUGAAGGAGCUGCUGGUAGAUCUCAUUGAUGCCUCGGCUGCCAAGAACCCCAAGCUCAUGCUGCGACGCACGGAGUCAGUGGUGGAGAAAAUGCUCACUAACUGGAUGUCCAUCUGCAUGUACAGCUGCCUUCGGGAAACGGUUGGGGAGCCCUUUUUUCUGCUCCUGUGCGCCAUCAAGCAACAGGUCAACAAAGGCUCCAUCGAUGCCAUCACUGGCAAAGCUCGCUACACCCUCAAUGAGGAGUGGUUGCUACGUGAGAACAUCGAGGCCAAGCCCCGGAACCUGAAUGUGUCUUUCCAAGGCUGUGGCAUGGACUCGCUGAGCGUUCGGGCCAUGGACACUGAUACACUGACGCAGGUGAAGGAGAAGAUCCUGGAGGCCUUCUGCAAGAAUGUGCCCUACUCGCAGUGGCCGCGCGCGGAGGAUGUGGACCUCGAGUGGUUCGCCUCCAGCACACAGAGCUACAUCCUGCGUGACCUGGACGACACUUCGGUGGUCGAGGAUGGUCGCAAGAAGCUCAACACGCUGGCGCACUAUAAGAUUCCUGAAGGUGCCUCUCUGGCCAUGAGCCUCACCGACAAGAAGGACAACACCCGGGGCAGAGUAAAGGACUUGGACAGCGAGAAGUAUUUCCAUUUGGUGCUGCCCACGGAUGAACUGGCAGAGCCCAAAAAAUCUCACCGGCAGAGCCACCGCAAGAAAGUGCUCCCUGAGAUCUACCUGACACGCCUGCUGUCCACCAAGGGAACGCUGCAAAAAUUCCUGGAUGACCUGUUCAAGGCCAUCCUGAGCAUCCGGGAGGAUAAGCCCCCGCUGGCUGUGAAGUAUUUUUUCGACUUCCUGGAGGAGCAGGCCGAGAAGAGGGGGAUCUCGGACCCCGACACACUGCACAUCUGGAAAACCAACAGCCUCCCCUUACGGUUCUGGGUAAACAUCCUGAAGAACCCCCAGUUCGUCUUCGACAUUGACAAGACGGACCACAUCGACGCCUGUCUGUCGGUGAUCGCUCAGGCCUUCAUCGACGCUUGCUCCAUCUCUGACCUCCAGCUGGGCAAGGACUCGCCCACCAACAAGCUACUGUAUGCCAAGGAGAUCCCCGAGUACAGGAAAAUUGUGCAGCGCUACUAUAAGCAAAUCCACGACAUGACACCACUCAGCGAGCAGGAGAUGAAUGCACACCUGGCCGAGGAGUCAAGGAAAUACCAGAACGAAUUCAACACCAACGUAGCCAUGGCUGAGAUUUACAAAUAUGCCAAGAGGUACCGCCCUCAGAUCACGACAGCCUUGGAGGCGAACCCCACAGCCCGGAGGACCCAACUGCAGCAUAAAUUUGAGCAGGUCGUGGCCCUGAUGGAAGACAACAUCUAUGAAUGCUACAGCGAGGCCUGAGCCCCUGAGCCGCUAGGUGCUGAAAGGAGAGGCCUGAAAAGGAGAGGCCUCUCUUCCCACAGCCUCUGCUCCGGCUUUCCCAGGACCAAGCAGAAGAGCUGUAUGGGGGGGCAGCAAGGAGCCCCCCAACUCUUGUGGCUGUGGGCACCUCCAUCUCCUCCCAUGGGACCCCAGAUUCCUAUCUCUGGGCCCUGGAAUGCCAUAUCCAGCCCCGGGACAGCUCCUGCUUUGGUCCUGCCCUGCCUGGAUGGUCAGCGAACGGCCCAGGACACAGGCACAUGGGGCCAGGGCAGAGUCCAUGUCGGAAACACUACCUCAAGCAAUCAGGGAGGGGGCUUUCCGGACCCACCACCCCAGCAGGGUCAG